CACGGACCUAGUGUGACAUGCUACUGCGCCUCAGAUCCACGCCGAAGGUUACAAGCAAAAAAAAGCCUCUCAGAAAGAGAAGAGGACUCACAGGAGCUGGAUCAGAGGGAGCCUCUCUGCUUUUUGGGAGGUUUUUUGUCUUCAAGAGGUGAGCCAUGUCGUGUCCGUUCAGCCAGAUGACUCUCCUGCGCAGGGUCGCCCUCCGCUGCGUCGUGGUGUCGUGUUUCGCUGGAUUCUUCUUCAUGUAUUACAAGCCCGACAUCAGCUUCCCCAGUUUUGACGUCUACAUGAAGAGGGACAAUCGCUCAAAGCAGCACGCCAACGCGACGGACGUCCAGGAGGGCGCUGAGCCCGACACUGUUGUGUUAAUCUGGAUGUGGCCGUUUGGCUUUAAGCUUAAUCUCAGCUGCGACACAUACAACGUCAAAAGAUGCCUCUUGACGGCGGACAAGUCUCUCUAUGAUAAAGCCCAUGGUGUUCUCAUCCACCACAGGGACAUCAGAGGGGACAACUUGCCAAAAGAUCCUCGUCCCUGGUUCCAAAAGUGGGUGUGGUUUAACAUGGAAUCACCUUCGAACUCGCACGAUAUCCCUCACAUCGACGAGUUAUUCAACUUGACCUGUAAUUACCGCCUGGAUUCAAACAUCCCUGUGCCUUAUGGACAUCUGGAGCCACGAGUAUCUGGAGAGGAGACUUUGCAAGUGCCACCAAAGGACAAGCUGGUCUGUUGGAUUGUGAGCAACUGGCACGUGCAAUUCAGAAGAGUUCAGUUCUACAACGAGUUGAAGAAACACGUGAACGUCUCCGUUUACGGGAAAGCCUUCGAGCAGCCCACGAGCGAGGAAGAAUACGAUCGCAUCGUGUCCGGAUGUAAAUUUUACCUGGCCUUUGAAAACUCUGUGCACCAAGAUUACAUUUCAGACAAGUUGUACCGCCCUAUGAUUUUGGGAACCGUGCCAGUUACUCUGGGGCCCCCGAGGCAGAACUACGAGGACCACGUCCCAGCGGACUCUUUCAUUCACGUCGAGGACUUCCGCACAGCAAAGCAGCUGGCAGAGCGGCUGCUCGACCUCGACCGAAAUGAUGACGAGUAUAUGAGAUACUUUGACUGGAGGAAGAGGUUUGACGUUACGAGGGCAGACUUUGGUCGAACACAUGCCUGCAGGACAUGCACGUACCUGCAGAAAAACAGAGGCUACCAAGCUUGUCGGAAUCUUAAAGAGUGGUACUGGGGUUAAUGCUGCAGGGUUUGCUACCGAUGCUCAGAGGGGUUCUUCUGUCUUUGGUCUGUUUUUCAACAGCAUAAACUCAACCAGUAAAGGAUGGAUUUUUGUUGAAAUUGCCGAAUGUGUUGACUCUGUAUUUGUUCAUUGUGGUGGAAUAAUGCGCUCAAUAAUAAAGUGGCGGGACUGGCACUCGUCUAAUUCAA